AUGCGGCAGGCAAUCAAGGCCUGCGUACUCUCUAAAGUCUACUAUGGUACUGAAACCUGGUGGCCAGGCUACUCUCGCCCUGAUCCACGCACAGGAACAGUCUCAAACCGGGUCCAGGGAUACCUGGAUAGAGUGACCAAAGUUAUACUAGCAGGGGCUAGAGCAGUUCUCCCAGUUUACCGCACAACUCCAUUACCGGCUCUCUACCGGGAGUCAGGGCUCCUACCAGCAGAGAUUGAGCUAGACUAUAGAGUCGCUACUGCUAUAGUUUGCAUACGCCGUCUUGACCCAUAUCACCCGUUUCGCAGGAGAGCAGAAGAGGUAAUCCGCAUAAGCCUCAAGAAAAGCCGUUUUGCGCGACGCGUACGAGCCCUGCCGAAGUUAGAACAAAUAAACCCUUUGCAGAACGCCCCUUGGCUCCUGCAAGAGUCACGUGAAGCAGCCCAACAACGGAUUAGAGCCCCAAUAGGCCAAACCAAGGCACAGGCGGCCAGCAGUUUCCAGAACUUCUAUACCUCUCUUCCCCAGACAGAUAUAAAGGUCUUUACAGACGGCUCAAAGCUAGCAAAUGGAAUGGCAGGCGCGGGUUUUGCUCUAUACCAAUCCGGAAAGCUAUACCAACAGUCUUCCUUUUCUCUAGGUCCCAACAAAGAGGUCUUUGAUGCAGAGGCUGAAGCAGCACUAACUGGAAUCAAAGCAGCUCUUAAACUAACUAUAGCCUACUUUGCUACCGACCUCUGGAUCUGCCUAGAUAACCUAGAGGUAGCCACACGCCUUCUCUCAACCUUUUCGGGGUCAUCCCAAGAGGUCUUUAAUACUUUCCAAGACGUUGCCUUAUCCUGGUCAGUACGGGAACGAUAUCUAUACACCGGCAGCAGCUCCGUCCGGAUCUGCUAG